AUGACAGGCAACCAUUUGGACAUCACUUUUGACCGCAACUCCUUGUCUCAAUUGAGUGAAUGGAUCGACACUUUAGGCGAAGAGUCGGCAAAAGCACAACGUCUUAAGCAACCGAUCACUUCAUACAAUAGACUAAUCGAUGAUAAAAGUGAUGACAAAAUCUAUUUACUGGUGAAAGUGGACCAAAACGUGACCAAUUGGUCGGCGGUUGGGUUCGUACGCGUGGGCACCAGAAACCUGUGGUUUGCAGACAAAUACAACACUAAUUUAAGACAAUAUCAGAACUGUUUCUGCAUUUUAGGUCUGCAUUUGUAUGAAUAUCUCAAUUAUUUUUAUAUCCGAAACCAAAGACAAGGUUUGGGACACCUAUUGAUCUCAUCGGUGAUGAAGUGUGUGUCAACUCCGGCCGAUCAGUUCGCGUACGACCGGCCGACACAAGCGAUGCUGUCAUUCCUGUGCAAACACUUUGGUCUCCAGCGACCGGUCACUCAACACAACCAUUUCGUCAUUUUUGAGAAUUUUGUCUGUUUCGAUAGGACGCUUCUCUGCAGUUUCAAUAACUCCUCACUCAAGAAGUACUCCAGGCUGACGCGCCGAUAA